GAUCCGCGUUCCUGGGAGCAGCACCGACCCUGCCCGGUGUGCCCGGAGCGCCAUGGACGGAGCGCGGAGCCUCCCCCGGCUGCUGCCGCUGCUGGCCCUGACCCUGCCCCCGAUUCUGGGGGUCCAAGUCCAGCACAGCAUCAUCCAGACCGAGUUCUACCAGAAGUCCCUGGACCCUCCGUUCGACAGCUCCGAGUUCAUGUUCGACUUUGACGGUGACGAGAUUUUCCACGUGGAGCAGGAGGAGACCGUGUGGCGCCUGCCCGAGUUCCAGCAGUUCGCGUCCUUCGAGGCGCAGGGCGCGCUGCAGAACCUCGCCAUCGACAAGCAGAACCUCGACAACUCCAUGGCCGCCUACAACAGGUCCAGGGCCGAGAGUGUGCCGCCGGAGGUGGCCGUGUUCCCCAAGCACCCGGUGGAGCAGGACGAGCCCAACGUCCUCAUCUGCUCGGUGACCAAGUUCUGGCCGCCGGUGCUGGGCCUGGCCUGGUUCCGCAACGGCGCCCGCGUCACCGAGGGCGUGCAGGAGACGCCGUUCUACCCCGACCGCGACUUCUCCUUCCGCAAGUUCUCCUACCUGACCUUCAUCCCCCAGCCCGGGGAUUAUUAUGAUUGUAAGGUGGAGCACGAGGGGCUGGCGGCGCCCAGCAAGACGCAUUGGGAACCCCAAAUCCAGGCGCCCAAAUCGGAGGCCACGGAGACGGCGAUCUGCGCCCUGGGCCUGGCCGUGGGCAUCGUGGGCAUCGCCGCGGGCACCGCCCUCAUCAUCCGCGGGAUGAAGCUCGGCCGCGCCCACCCCGAGCGCGGCAUGCUCUGAGAAACCCAAAAUCCUGAAAAAUCGCCCCGAAAACCCCGCGGAAUUACCCCAAAAUCUGCCCUGGAAUCCUGUGGAAUUACCCCAAAAUCCUACCCCCAAAUCCCUUGGAAUUGCCCCAAAAUGUAUCCUGAGAUUCUGCAGAAUUGUCUUGAAAUUUGUCCCCAUAAUCCAGCCUCAAAAUUCCAUGAAAUGACCCCAAAAUCCAGCCCAAAUUCCAGCCUGAAAUGCCACAAAAUGACCCCAAAAUCCUGCACCAAAUCCAGCCUGAACACCCAUGAAAUGACCCCAAAAUCCAUUCCCAAAAUCCCAUGAAAUGACCCCAAAAUAUGUCCUGAAAUCCAGCCUGAAAUCCCUUAAAAUGACCCCAAAAUCCCAUUAAAUGACCCCAAAAUCCUGCACCAAUUCCAGCCUGAAAUCCCUUAAAAUGACCCCAAAAUCCAGCCCAAAAUCCCAUGAAAUGACCCCAAAAUCCUGCACCAAAUCCAGCCUGAAAUCACACAAAAUGACCCCAAAAUCCAGCCCAAAAUCCCAUUAAAUCACCCCAAAAUCCAGCCCAAAAUCCCAUUAAAUCACCCCAAAAUCCAGCCCCAAAUCCAGCCUGAAAUCACACAAAAUGACCCCAAAAUCCACUCCCAAAAUCCCUUGGAAUUGCCCCAAAAUCUGCUGGAUUUGCCCCAAACUCUCACGCCCCGAGCGCGGCAUGCUCUGAGAAACCCAAAAUCCCCAAAAUUCACCCCAAAACCCCGCGGAAUUACCCCAAAAUCUGCCCUGAAAUCCUGUGGAAUUACCCCAAAAUCUGCCCUGAAAUCCCGUGGAAUUACCCCAAAAUGUAUCCUGAGAUUCUGCAGAAUUGUCUUGAAAUUUGUCCCCAAAAUUCCAUGAAAAGACCCCAAAAUCCUGCCCCAAUUCCAGCCUGAAAUCCCAUAAAAUGACCCCAAAAUCCACUCCCAAAAUCCCAUUAAAUCACCCCAAAAUCCAGCCCCAAUUCCAGCCUCAAAUCCCAUAAAAUGACCCCAAAAUCCACUCCCAAAAUCCCAUUAAAUCACCCCAAAAUCCAGCCCCAAAUCCCAUGGAAUUGCCCCAAAAUGUAUCCUGAGAUUCUGCA